GCUGGCUAGAAACGGAAAGAGUUGCCCGCCUCCUUCGAUUUUCGCCUUCGAUGUUUUCGGGUUGAAUUUUAGUUCUGUAUUCCCCAAGAAAUGGAGUUAAGACAGUAAAAAACGAUUAAGAAAUGACAGUUUUGAAGGAAUAAGAGUUUCACAGUCAAUUUGAUAACAUGAAGAAGGAGGUGUAUUUGAACUGGGUGAAUUCAAUAUUACAAGAAGUUGGUAAAAAAAUAAAUGGUAUACCAGAUAUACAAGAAGGAAAAGUACUAUGUGAAUUGAUACAUAUUGUAGCUCCUACAUGUGGUAUUUAUGAUGAACUUGAGGGAGCACAAAAUGUUGAUCAGCAUACCUAUAUACAAACAGUUGUAAAUCAUAUGAAAAAAAAUGGAAUCAAAUUAACAUUUGAUGUUCAAGAUAUAGUUGAUGGUGAUAUUAAAUGUAUAUUAGAUUGUUUAUGGCACAUUAUUUUAAACUACAAUAUUCAUAAUAUAGAACAAAAUAUAUUUAGAAGAAGUCUUGGUAUUGGUAAACAACAUUUGUUAGAGUGGUGUCAGAAACAUCUUGAUACAUUUUUUGAUGGUAGAAUUUCAUUGACCAAUAAUUUGUGUGCUGAUAAUUGGUUUGUUAAAUUAUUAGAAAAAUUUGUGUCUGUUAGAAAAGUUGAGAAUAAGACAGUAUAUCUGAAUAGUCUUCUUAGUAAUAUUGAGAGUAAAUAUGGUAUUAUAAAAGAUAUAAUAAACUCGACUGAUAUUAUAGAUGGUACUGCAGAUGAACAUGCGUUAAUGAUAUAUGUUGCUUUAUUAAGAAGAAAGAUAGAAGAUAAUAAACUAGCCGACAAAAAUCUACAGAGUUAUAGUGAACACAAGCCUGAGGAAUACACUUCAAGUAUAUCCAGAGAUUCUCCUAUUCAGUACACAGAAAUUGCCAGUAAUAAUAUGAGUCACAAUCAGACUACACUACGAGAAACAAUUAAUGGAAAUAUUGUUGAGUAUAUGAAUGAAGAUUCAGAUGAGCCAGAUAUAGCACCUAGAACAAGUAAUUCUUCACCAUAUCUUAGGGAAGAGCAGAAAGCUAUUGUAUUGAAACGUCCUAAAGAUUACUAUCAUCAGUGGGAGAACAAUAUUGACCGUCUGUCACAAGGUCCUAUUAGUUCACCUCAUGUAACAGAAACCAAUUCAGCUCCAGAAGAUUUGGUUUUGAACAUUGACGAUUUUAAUGAUAGUUUUGAUAAAACCCGAUCACAAGGGGAAGCUUUGUAUAAACCCGGUUUUUCGGAUCAAAAUACUAAGUACUUGAGUGACAGUCAAAGGAGUGAAUCACGUAGUCCUACCAGAAUUGUUGAUCGUUAUCAGAGUGAUAACAAACGAGAAUAUAGACAUAGUCCCGAGCCACGACAGAGUCCCUAUUCAUCCACAGACUCAGGAAGUCACUCGCGAAGCUCUGUUAGAUAUCAUACUAGACGCGACGAUCGCUCACCAAGUCCAGAAGCUUACAGUCAUUACGAUGAUCUACAACAAGCUAGAAGAGAUGUAGAUAAAAGUAUGCCCAAAGAUAUUCUAGGAAAUAGUCCAGCUGAUUAUACCAGGAAAACUGAUCCUGAACAUCAGCGUUCACGAUCUGAUGAUAGGGAAUAUAGAAAAUCUGACGAUCAAAUAAGUGAAAGAACAAAAGCUCUUCGUAAACGAGCAUCAGCAUCUUUAGGCAGAGAGAGCCGCAUCAGAAGAGUUAAUGCUGAAAUGCAGGCGUAUAAUAAUGGUAUAACGCAGGACAUGAUUAGAAGAAAUCUUGGUCUAACAGGAAGUAAUACAUAUCUAGCUGAUCCUGUUAAUGUUGUAACACCACUUAGACAUAUCGGUAGCACUGAGAGAAUUUAUAGAGAUGAAGAUUCCACUUUUAUUAAACAGCUGGAUAUACAAAGAAAUCCUCCCAAACCAUAUGGCCGAGGAUCCGGACACAUUCCACGUCGUGAAGCUUGGGAAAGAAGAAGUGGUUCCAGUGAUUAUGUGCCUUAUGAUUCAGGUUAUGACACUGGCCAUAGUGAAUUCAUUGGCUCUUUAAGCCAUGAAAUGGAUGGAAUCAGUUCCAGCAUUGAAUCAUUAGAUCGUUCUCGAAGAAUUCCCAGAUUUUCUUCAACAGGGAGAAUAAAUGAUAAGCUAUGGUCGCAGGAAUUCAGAGAUAUCAAUAGCAUCAGGAAUCCUUACCGUUCAGAUUUCAAUAUCCAUGAUGAUGACAUGCACCUUUCAUUCCAAACCAGAAGUCGUUCUCUAAGUCCCAACAGAACACAUCUACAAAGUUUAGAAAGACCGAAGUCGUCUCUAGGAGUAUGCGAACCAAAUUAUAACUCCACAUUUAAAUAUGAAGAUGUUGGUUUGGAACGGGGUAAAUAUCCUGAUGCUCCUUUAGGAAGAUUCGAUGUACGAACAGAUUAUUAUAAUCCUCGCUUUAGAAGUCCUGAAAUUGAAAUUAACGGAACAGAAAUUGUGAGAAGACCAAGAUCGAUCAGUCCAUCUCCGCAAAGAAUAAGUCUAGGCUAUUCAGGUCCUGUUCGUCGCGUCAAUGAAGAAAUAUGGGGAAGUGAUUUAACAGAAAUUGAUGGUUUAGAUCCUCAUCGUCAGGAAAAAUGGAAAAAGCUAAUCAAUCUUACAGAAAUGUCAAAUGAAGAUGUAAUAGAGUUAAAACAAGCUCUUGCUAGUGCUAUUGUAGAAAAUGAUAUUUUAUUUGCCAAAAUAACUAAUGCCAAGAAAGAAUUUUCUGAUAAACUACUAAAAACAAAUGAAGUAUUAGAUGAUUGUCGUAAACAUCUUGCCACAGCCCAAGCUGAAAAUCAGGAACUACGGACAUUCUUAAAUCAGGAAAAACGUAUUAAUGCUGCCUUAGAAGCCAGAAUCAAAGAAUUAGAAGAACAAUUAACUGCCUCAGUUUCUAAUUAUAAUUUGAUCGAGAUAGAACUAAAGAAAACUGUACAAUCAUUAGAAACUGCUAAAAGACACGCAGCAGAAAUGGAGAACUGCAUAUCGGAAAAUGAACGGUUGAAAACAAAGAUGUCAACAUUUGAACGAGAUAAUCUUGCUCUUAGACAAGAUCUAGAAAAAAUGCAAGGUACUCAUCAACAGUCCCAAUCUACCAUACAUGAAUUAAGGAAAUCACUAGAGGAUGUACGGAAAGAAAGACAUGAUCUAUAUGAUGAACUCUCACAGUUACGCUUUAAAAAUCAGUAUGGCACUGGUGUACAAACACCUGUAAAAAGAUACAGUGAUGUGGACACAACAAGAUCAACCACACAAUCAACAUCUCCCUCACAUGUUAAAACUUUCAAACCUGUGGUUCAAACAUCCAGUACUACAUUCCAAACUGAUUCAAGACCUCAUUCACCAUUAAGAGAACAUACGUCAAGACUUAGUUCUUACACAUCAUCGUUACCAACAAGAGAGUCUACGUCUGUACCAAUAAAACAUGUGUCCCGUUUAUCACCAAUAUCUACUAGAGAUACUACAACACGCUUUACACCUUCUAGUUAUAGAAGAUCAACAUCGCCACCACGACAGUCGACAUCGCCAAUAAGAUCAUCAGCACCACCAAUAAGAUCAUCGCCAUCACCAAUACGAUCAACCACCUAUCCGAUACGUCCUCGAUCAGAGUCUUUAGGAAGACAUUCCAGACUGUCUUCUGCUAUGGACGGAAGUUAUAAUUAUAAACCAACAACGACUAUCAGUAGAUCUUAUACACCGAUAACAAGAUCUACCAGUCCUUUUAGAUAUUCUAGUACCUCUACAUCAGUGCCUUCAACUCAUCGAGAAAUAUAUCCACAUCGAAAAUACAGGUAUACACCGUCUGAAAAGACUAGCACAAGUGACUACAACUAUAGAUCUACAUCUGCAGGCGGUUUUACAGAUUAUCCAGACCUGCAACAUUUUCCCACAAGAUUGCGAUAUUCUGAUAGUCAUACUGAUUAUAAUCGUCCAUCAACCCAAUACAGUGCUGCUUACAAUGAUAUUAAAGUACCUAAAGUUGGUGACAUAGAUGUCGAUGUACCUAAAGAUUUGGAUGAUGAUGAUGAGUAUGAAUACGAAUAUUUUAAAAAGGUCACUACAAUAACAGAUCAUGAAAAAAGUAGUACUGAACCAAAAGAAUCAACAAUAUACCAGUCUGAAAAUCCUACAUAUGAUCGUUCAAGCAGAAGAGAUACCAGUUACUACCGAUCACCAAACAGAACCAUACGAAGCAGAAGUCAGAGUCCCUAUAUUCCAAGUAGAAAUGUAUUGGACGAUGAUUUUAAUCGUAAUUUAGAUUCUGUUUUUGAUCGUCAUGAUACCUACCGAGCUAGAAGCACUAGUCCUGCUAGAUUUCCUAGAAGGGGAAUAUUAAAAAAUAGCAGUAGCGAACACAAUUUGGAUUAUCGAACUAGAAGUCCGAGUCCUAUUUCAAGAUCUUAUACUGGUAGUUCAACCUAUACGACACCAUCACGUUAUACACCUGUUUCUAGUACUAGAAAAACAGUUCAUAUAACUCCCACUAGUAUAUCCCAGCCAUCAUCUGUUGGUUCCACUGAUCUGAUUAGAACAACAACCUAUGAUGCUAAUAAUGGUGUUGUCUCACAGACUUUACCAGCAAAUACUAAAUAUAAAAUAGAAAUUGAUGGUGAUCUUAGUGUAACAGUUAAUGGUAAUCUAAAUGUUGUUAAUAGAGACAACAUUCGUAAAAGUGAACCACCUCCCUUGACUGAUGAACAGCGUUAUUAUGCAAAUCAGUUGAUUGACAAGUAUACCAGACCAAGCUGCAGUUUACGAACUGUCAAUCUAUAAAACAUCAAACAUUCCAUCCAGCCAGAUAGAUUACUUCUACUCCAAAUACUGUUAGGAAAAUAAUAAUCUUAUGUUAUUUUCUCUUGUUAUAUUAUGUACUGUUAAGUUUUUAUCAAAUAGUUUGUAAUUCAUUUGAUAAUGAUAGAAGUACAAUAUUAAUACAUAGUAAUUUGAUUUUUGUAUUUCUAAAUCAAAAUGUCAGUGUGAUUAAAAUACAGACCCUGUUGUACUUCAGGUUUUUCACCUUUCGUUUCAUAUUUUCUGUGUAAAACAUCCCAAUUUAAAAAUUGGAACAAGUUAUUAGAACUGUAUUUUAUUCAUAUUGUCAGCUAUAUUAGGGUAAGACAAUUUUGUGUUUUCAUGGAUUUUAGCUUUUAAGAACAUGUUUUGAAGUGGAAAAAAUUAAUGCUAUUUGAUAUUUGUUAGUGAUUUUUCAUGUGAUUUUGGUUCAUUCCGUCCUGUUUUAUAUUAUUUUAAAUAUUAUAUUUAUGAUAUGUAAUUACUGUAACUUACAUUAUUUCUCUUGAACUCUUAUUAUUAUCUAUUAUAAAACGUUCUUAUAAGAACAUUGUUAGUUUAGCCUUAAUAUUUAUACAUCUAUUAUUAAAUCUUAAGAUUUAUAUAGAAAAAUUUAUCUUUUUACUUAUUAUUAACAAGAUCCCAUUAUAAAGUAGACAGGGUUACAAUAUGAUAUUCUUAUUUAAUAGGUGAUAUUUUAAUAUUUCUUAUAUUUUAUAAAUUAGCUUUAUUUAAGGGUACUAUGGUAAAACUCUUAAGAUUCCCUUCAAUUGAUGUUAAAUAUCAUUUUGUAAAAUUAUUUUUAAGAGAAACUGUUAGGAUACAUUGUUUCAAUUUUAUAUUUUUAUAAUGUAGAAUUGUUUGAUUUAGAUAACCCAUGAAAUAAUAUAUUCAUAUUUUCUUGGAGAAAUAUAUAGUCACUAAAGGAUUAUUUAGAAUUGACUUUGUUAUAUUAUUGAGCUAGAUUGUGGCUAUUUUCAUGUGAUGCCUUAUUUUAUGGAUGACUUGGAAUAGACUUUCUUUGUUAGACUAGACUUGUUGAUUGAAUGUAAAUCUUGUUACAUGUAUUAUUGUACAUGUACUAUAGCUAGCUAAGUGGAUUGUAUGGAAAGCAUUCCAAAAUUCAUCAAAGCUCAUCUGUGAUAUUUUAAUAUAAAUUUAAAGUAAUAUGUAAGUAAUGUUAUAGCUUUAUAAUUAUUCAGAUCUUUUUAGCACCAUUAUAUAUUGUUUCUUUGAUUGUUUUAAAUACAAGUUUUAUUCAAUUUCCGUCCCCUACAGUCAUCUUUUGGUUAGUUGUGCCUUAUUGAGACACAUUGUUUUGCAGUAUGGUAUUAUUUAUUGCUAUUAGCAUUAUAUUAUUGUCUGUCCAGUUCGUUAAUUGAACAGUGUUGUUGCUUUAUGUAUGUAUAUAUAAUAUAUGUAUAAAGUAUAGCCAAUAUCUAUGUAUAUAGAUGUAUUUUCUGUAACCUUAGAAAACACAGUAAACAAUAUAUUUACA